AUGGAAUAUAAUCAACAAUAUAAUUAUGAUUAUUUUCUUAAAGUCUCUAUUAUUGGUGAUAGAGGUUCUGGAAAAACAUGUCUUUGUGAUCGAAUUGUUAAUAAUCAAUUUAUUUCAAAAUAUCUCCCACCUAUUGGAAUUGAUUAUAAAACUAAAUUUUAUAUUAUUGAUAAUAAAAUAAUUAGAACUGCAUUCUGGGAAUUUUGUUAUUCUAAUAGGUAUUGUCCUAUUGGAGAUGAAUUAAAAGGUUCAACUUUAUUAUUACUCAUUUUUGAUAUGAGUAAUUCAGAUUCUUUUCAUUCAUUAAAAUACUAUUAUAAAAGAAUUUCUCAUCAAUUUCUUCUUCCUCCUCCUAUCUUUUGUAUUGGAACUAAAUCAGAUCUUCCUUCUACUAUAAGUGAACGUCAAAUUCUUAAACAACUUAAAAAAAUGAACUAUCCUCCUUUAUAUUAUUCUUCUUCUCUAACUGGUUCUGCUUGUAAUUCUAUCCAUUCUGAUAUCAUUACUAUCUUAUCUAAUAAAAUUAAUGAUAUAAUCAAACAACCUCCAUCUCAAGAUGAUUCUUUUUCAUUUCUAUAUCAAUCAAAUUCUCAUUCUCAUCCUUCUAAAAAAUGCUGUUUAUCUUAA